CAAUGUAGUUAAAUUUCAGUACUUAUGGUGAAGGGACGCAAUGGAAAGGACCUUCUAAUGCUAGAUGGAUACACAUAUUACCAACAUAAACACCUCCGCGACGGAUACCGCUGGAGCUGCACUCAGAUGGGGUCCAGAUCCUGCAGAGGCUUUCUCCACGUAACCAAUGAUAUGCUGGUUGUAAGAGCACAAACAGAACACACCCAUGCACCCGCUACGUUUCUCUUGGAAAACACAAAGAAAGCACGUAGAAAUAAAGAAGUGGCUAACCCAUUCCAUAGUAUGAAAAUAACUAGCGUGCAAGGAAACAUGGGUGAUGGGUAAUUGUACUUACAAGACGAGAGAACAUAGCGAUUUACUAAAUUUAUGUAUUAUAGAAAUAGAUACUUGGCUAGUAGAUGAAUAAAAAUGCAAUAAUACUACUGAAUUGCUAACUAGCAAUAAAUAAAUAGAUAUUACCAAUGUUGUAAUGUCUUUAAAUAAUUCUACAGUCCAUAUCAAUGUAGGAUGUAUAGAAAAUUCCCUGAAGAAAUUAUUUAUAUUCCUUUAAGCAUAAUAAAUUUGUAUUUUGACUAAAAAACUCAUAGAAGAAAGAUACGUGAUCAAAUAUGUCCAAUUUAUUUUAACUUUGUACUUCAUCAGUUAGUAUUAAUUGAUCAAUUUUAAUUUAUAAUAUUACUACUAGAAAAAAUUGUCGUCUUCGAAUACUACAUUCCUUGUCACAAAGCGCUGGAACACACGAGUAUGAUUUAUUAUUAUUUUAAAAGAGACACGAUGAAAUUUACAUCUGGGCCCAUAACCAGUAUUAGAUAUUGCUGUAACUGAUGAAUUAUAGGUACAGAUAAAGUAACAAUGUUAGAUUCUAAAUCUAAAGACACUUUAAAUCGCAAUUUGCUACACUGACAUUCUACAAAUAUUUGUUUCGAUUGCAUAUUUAAACUCCUAAAUUUCAUAAUAUGAAUUUUAUAACAUAAUAAUUAUAUAUCAUGGUACUUCACUUUAUUGUUCUAGUUAUUUUUUAUGAGUUACUUAAUAAUAUAAAUAAGUUUGUAAUUAUUAAGAUAAUAAGACCCUACGCCUUUGUGCGUUCAUUCAAGCAUAAUAAUGUAUAUAAAUAUAUCAAGUAUAUAAUAUUAAGUAAGUAUUCUUAAAUAAGCAAUAUUUAAUACGUAGUACGAUUAGAAUAUGUAAUAUAUAAUGAAAUAUAAUAGGUCCUUUACGGGAAAUUAGAAUAUAUUUUGCUUUUUAAUUUGAAUUGGUGUUAUUAGAUCCUUGCGUACCGCCACCAAUAGAUUAAUUUUAUUAUUCUAUGGAUCGGCAUUUGCUAUAUAUAUAUACCUUAGUUGUACCUUAUUACGUUACUGUGAGCUCUUAAUAUUUCUACUAAUAUUCUAAUUCCGAUAAUUUAUAAGAGAGAUUAAUGUUGCUGAUUUGACUAAAAUUUGGUAAACAAAUAGAUAAUAUUCUAGAUUAACACAUGGGAUACUUUUUAAUUCGAA